GUAAAUUAAUACUCUUCUUUUGAUCUUUUCAUUUAUUCUUCUUCUUUAGUUGUUGUAAGUAAAUUUAAAGACAAUGGGAGUAGAAUUUAACAGUUCAAAACAAUAGGGGUGAUGUUGCAAGUAGACAAAACAUAGAGCUUUCAAGAACAAGAAUAGAAACAAAAAAUACGGCACGACUCCUAUAAGUAUGCAAGAAAGUCGUGUAAGCCUCUCCAACUCUACACAAACUAGUCAUCAUCGUCCCUCUCCACCAAUCCAAAAACCUUAUUAACUCAGUGAGUAAAAUUGACUGCGAUUAACGAUGAAGGCUGUUGUAAUCACAAGCCCAGGUGGUCCAGAGGUGUUGAAGCUUCAAGAAGUGGAAGACCCAGAGAUCAAAGAUGAUGAAGUGUUGAUUAAAGUUGCAGCUACUGCACUUAAUAGAGCUGAUACCCUUCAACGCCAAGGUAAAUAUCCACCCCCUAAAGGUGACAGUGAAUACCCAGGUCUUGAAUGUUCUGGAACUGUUGAAGCUGUUGGCAAGGAUGUUAUUCGAUGGAAAAUUGGUGACCAGGUAUGUGCUCUCAUUGGUGGAGGUGGUUAUGCGGAGAAAGUAGCUGUACCUACUGGACAAGUUCUUCCUAUUCCAUCAGGUGUUUCUUUACAAGAUGCAGCUAGCUUUCCUGAAGUGGCAUGCACUGUUUGGUCGACCAUUUUCAUGACGAGCGGGCUUUCCGCUGGUGAAACGCUUCUGUUACAUGGAGGUUCUAGUGGAAUUGGUACCUUUGCCAUUCAAAUGGCCAAGUGCCUUGGGAUCAAAGUUUUCAUCACAGCAGGAAGCGAGGAAAAACUUGCUGCAUGCAAAGAACUCGGGGCUGAUGUUUGCAUCAAUUACAAGACUGAAGACUUUGUUGCACGCAUCAAGGAAGAAACGGGAGGGAAAGGUGUUGAUGUCAUACUAGAUAACAUAGGAGGUUCAUACUUCCAACGGAACCUCGACAGCCUUAAUGUUGGUGGUAGGCUCUUCAUUAUUGGUUUUAUGGGAGGUACAAUGACCCAAGUAAAUCUUGGCUGUUUGUUAGCAAGACGCCUGACGGUGCAGGCUGCUGGCUUGCGUAGUAGAACCGCAAAAAACAAAGCUCAAAUUGUGAGAGAAGUGGAAAAGAAUGUUUGGCCUGCAAUUGCAGCAGGCAAGGUGAAACCGGUGGUGUACAAGUACUUCCCCUUGGCAGAAGCUGCUGAGGCUCACCAGUUAAUGGAAAGCAGCAAGCACGUUGGAAAGAUUCUGCUUACUGUUUAAAUGUUGUAAAAGAGAGAUUUAGUGUUAAAAUAGCCUGUAAGCCUGUACUUCCAGCCAGCCUCCUUAAACCCCCCCCUUCUUCCCCCUCAAAACCCCACAUCUCUGCUGCAUGUAUUAUACUUGCAAAGUUCCAAUAAAACAAAACCUUUUUAUGA